AUGGUGCAGGUCCACCACCGCCAGGUCCACCACCGCCCCACACGCAUCCAGCGGCUCUUCUGUUGGGUCUUCGUCUCGCAACUCGCGUCGCUUUCGGCAUUCGCCGCGCUCGACCCCGCUAAGCGCGAGGCAUGUCAGGUGUUCACCACCUCGCCAGAUCUCUCGAAAUGCCCCGAUGGGACCAUCUACGUUUCUGCCAGAGACCCCAGGGCCAAGUUCAGGACCAUCCAACAGGCCCUCGAUAGCCUCAGAGCGACAGCCGCUAAAACCCCUGCCACGAUCUUGAUCGCGGCUGGCCAGUAUCAGGAGCAACUCUUCGUUGAUGGUACGUGGCCCGUGGGGAACUUCUGACCUCCUGUUAUGGGGAGAGUAUGGAAUCUUGCUGACGAUCGAACAAACCCUCGGAUCGAACAAACCUUUCCUCCUAUCCUGAACCUGUUAAAGGCUUCGGAUCGAUCACCCUCCUGGUCAGUUGUAAGAUGAAGUUCGCGUAGGGGGUUGUUCGGCGUUUGGGUCCCCGGCAGUCUCCUCCCUUUCCUCGGCACUGACGCGGUCGGUCGCUCGAUUCAUCAAAUUCAGGGUCAAAUCACUACUUCCCGCAGCUCCUACGCAGGCAACACCGUCGAAAUCACCCACAAUCGUGCACUACAAAAGUCAGAUGGGUAUAAUAACUGGGUGACCGCUACCUUGUGGGUGAACCGGUGCACCGACUUCAAGUCGUACAACGUCAAAGUGUCCCAAACGGCGCCGUCGGGGAUCGCCCUCGCCGUCGCGGUCAUGUUGUCCUCGGCGAGUUUUUAUGCGAAUGUCAUGGAAGGACAUCAAGACACCAUGUUCUUCGGCCCGGGCCAUACGCGUGGGUACCUUUACGGUUGCCGCGUCUCAGGCAAGGUCGACUUUAUGUACGGUUGGGCUGUCGUCAUGGUCAAGAGCAGCCAGCUCGUGCUAGCAGGUCAGGGGACCGCAUUUACGGCAUGGAGAGGCGGAGAGUCCCCAAAGAGCGGCCUGUACGUACCUCAUCAGUGCAAACACCGGAUCAGCACCGAGUUUGAACUUACUCCAUCAUUAUUACUUUUACUUUAACCUAUCAGCUACGUUUUCGAGUCCAGCUUUGACAAGGUAAGUGAAAAGACCUGCGAGCGAAAGUGUGUUUAUCCUGACUCACAUCCUGCCGCCCGCGAUCUCGAUCACCAACACAUCGGGUCAGGCUGAAAACCCCUCUGAUAAGAUCUAUGACGGAUCGGUGUAUGUUUGUCGGUUGUCCAUAGCUCUGCGGAAGCCUCAAUAGGCUUGCCGAUCGCCGGGUAAAGUCGUCAUUGACCCCCUCCCCUCCCCCUCCCCACUGUUUUUGUUUGCUCUCUUCAGGGCCGUUGCUCGACCGUGGAAUGACAAGGCUCGCAUGAUGAUCUUCAAUUGUUACCUGGGACCAGGUAAGCAGCGAUAGACUAUCGCAUUUAAGGCCCGGCUGCAGCUACAGACUCAUGACCAAUGAAGGGACCCCUUCCCGCAGCGGUCAAAUCCACCGUCUUCGCCCCUUGGUCGCCUUCGGGGGAUACUCGUCUGUCGCGCAACGUCUUUCUUGCCGAAUACGAGUCGCAAGGACCCGGUUCCUUGGGCAAGCGCAAGUUGGUCACCAGUGGAAACGGGAACGUCGAUACCGAGCACCUGUCGUACGUGCUUGAUGAGAAGUCCGCGGCGCCGUACUUCCCGCUCGGGGCAAUCUUUACCGAUGGUAUUGCAUGGAUCGACUCCAACUUCGACGUCAAGGCUGGGCACCUUGCAUCAGGGGGAGGAAGAGGAUCUUCGACUCCCGGUGCACUGGCGGCGGCGCCUGCUUUGGCCGCCAGUCUUCCCCCAGUGCCGGCGGCUAGUAAACAUUGGCCGGCGCCCAGUGGAGGCAAGGGUACCCCGCUGACAAAGCAAGACCCGAAGAAGACAACGCACGACCCGAAGAAGACAGAGCACGACCACGACCCGACGAAGCAAAAGUCAAAGCACCACUCCGACCCCAAGAGCAAGAGGAAGAAGAAGACCACGUCGACGAAGCCUCAAGUUGGUAGCGGCGCCGGUGCCAGCAGCAGCCACGUGUCCGGCGGUGGACCGAGCUUGGCUUCUUUGCCAAAGAAGCGAGGCCACGGAUCCGGUGGUCAUCAUCACCAUCAUCACCCUCGUCAUGGCCGAAAACAUCAUCACUAA